GACAGUACAGAGACAGGUCGUUAAGGAGCAGGUAGGGGUUAGACAGUACAGAGACAGGUCGUUAAGGAGCAGGUAGGGGGUGGACAGUGAAUACAGAGAACGGUCAUUAACCAACGCACUAUCUGACAAUGCUCGCGUGUUAGAGGGUCAUGGGAUGGAGGUGUGAGUGUGUGAAAUCUUUAGCCGUCACGCUAUGUGUUUAGCAAGAGCUAAAAGAGAUUAGCCCUCUGCUAUGUUAGGUAUGCCAACACCAAAUCUCCAUUUUUUCCUGUGGUUUGAGUUUAAACUGAAUGUUACAAAAUAAGUAUUUAAAUAGGUAGAUCUUACUUCGAAGAAAGACACAUUGAUUAGAAUAUUCCAGAAGAAUCCUCAAACCAACCAUGUGUGUCCCUUACUGAGUGCUGCAAACGAGUGUGUGUGUGUGUGUGUGUGUGUGUGUGUGUGUGUACGAGGGUGUGUAUAAGUAUGUAUGUGGGUAUAAGUGUGUGUGUGUGAGUAUUUAAGUUUGUGUGCGUGUUUGUAUACGUGUGUGUGUGUGUGUGUGUGUUCGUGCGUGUAUAAGUAUGUGUGUAUAAGUGUGUAUGUGUAUAAGUGUGUGUGUGUGUGUGUGUGUGUGUUUGUGAAUAAGUGUGUGUGUAUAAGUAUGUGUGUGUGUGUGUGUGUGUGUGUGUAUAAGUGUGUGUGUGUGUGUGUGUGUGUGUGUGUGUGUGUGUGUGUGUGUGUGUGUGUGUGUGUAUAAGUGUGUGUGUGUGUACCAGGAGGUGUAAUCCUGCCAGACUUGCCAGCAGAAUGAGCUGUGUUGGGGUGCUGCUGGUUGUCCUGCUUCUCCUGGCCUCCGGACCAGGUCUAGCCGGGUCCUCGGGUCCUGGUCAGGCCCAGUCUACGCCCGACCCGGGCCCGGUGGGGGUCCAGGGGGAGGGGGUAGACGUGCUGGUCCUCUGGGACCACCUGACGGGUCUGAAGGACCUGGUCCUCCGGCUGAGCGAGCAGGCGGUGUCCCAGCGGCUGGUCCUCAGGGGCCUGGAGACCAGGGUCCAGGACCAGCAGCUGGCCUCCCUGGAGACCUCGGAGCGGGUCCGGGGCCUGGAGGUCCUGCAGGUCCAGGUGAACCUCACCCAGGACCAGGUGCUCGGACUGACCCGGUCCUUGACCAGGAUAGAGGAUCUGGAGGAGCAGAACUCAGUUCUGGAGCCCCGGCUGGAUGCCCAGGAGGCCGAGGUGGAUCACCUGAAGAAUAAGAACACAGAGCUGUUGGAGAAGCUGCCCUUCCUGGUGAUGAGGCUAAGAGCGAGCGAGAGCACAGUGGAGCAGCUCAGGAGGACGAACGCAGUGCUGUCGGCCAGGAUGUGUUCCGCUGAGAAUCAGAUGGAGGAACUCAGGAGACAACGUUCAGUGUUCUCAGUGGUGCGACCAGGAGAUAAUUCUGGGACUUCAGAAGGAAGUGCUAAGAUGGCAGAGUUGCAGAACCGGAUGGACUCCUGCUCUGCCCAGCUGAACAUCCUCCAGACACAGAAUGACAACCAUACAGAGACACUGGUAUCCAUGGAAACCAGACUAGUUUCCGUAGAGAUGCAUCUGGGUUCGACCUCCAUACAGGUGGUGCAGCUGUUGGCAGGAAGUACAGGGUCCACUGAACUGUCCGAUUUAAGGAGAAGGAUGAACGAAACCGAGAACCGGUUGGAUCUGAUGACCAGACUUACCACCAGUACACCCACCUCCACCGGUACACCCACCUAUACAGCUGAGCUAGCCGCUGUGAGGGGGCAGCUAAGGGAACUUGACGGCCGGCUAACAGACCAGGAGAGCUCGCUGUCUGCUCUGGAGGACCGGCUAGAUGUCAGUGCGAACGGGACUGAAGCAAUGGAGUCCAAAGCGAUGUCCAAUGAGAGCACUCUGUUGGAGCUACAGAGGAAGGUAUCAGACCACACCUCCCAGCUGCUGAGGGUGGAGACCAGAGUCAACAUCAGCCAAUCCCUGAUGGAGCACCUGGAGACCCAACUGAACAGAGUUUCAGACUUGGAGGCCACAGGGAGCGCCACCAGCAGGCAGGUGGAGGAACUGCAGGAACUGACCAAAGCCCAGGAAGCCGAGCGUGUUGCCAUGGCAGCCAGAGUGACCACUGGGGAGAGCCAGAGAGAAGUUCUGGAGUCCAGGUUAGAGGCUGAGGAGGCCGCUUUGAAGACCCUGAAGACAGAGGGCUCAGGGUUGGAGGAAGGACUGAGAUCCACACAGAUCCUCGUUGAGGAGCUGCACACCCAGAACAACGACCACACCUCCCAGCUGCUGAGGGUGGAGACCAGAGUCAACAUCAGCCAAUCCCUGAUGGAGCACCUGGAGACCCAACUGAACAGAGUUUCAGACUUGGAGGCUACAGGGAGCGCCACCAGCAGGCAACUGGAGGAACUGCAACUCGACUUGUCUGUUGCUACGACGGGUCUUUCUGCCCAGGAAGCUGAGGGGGUUACCAUGGCAGCCAGAGUGACCGCUGGCGAGAGCCAGAGAGAAGCUCUGGAGUCCAGGUUAAAGGCUGAGGAGGCCGCUUUGAAGAUCCUGAAAUCAGAGAGCUCAGGGUUGGAGGAAGGACUGAGAUCCACACAGAUCCUUGUUGAGGAGCUGCACAACCAGAACAACCGCCACACCUCCCAGCUGCUGAGGGUGGAGACCAGAGUCAACAUCAGCCAAUCCCUGAUGGAGCACCUGGAGACCCAACUGAACAGAGUUUCAGACUUGGAGGCUACAGGGAGCGCCACCAGCAGGCAGCUGGAGGUACUGCAGGAACUGACCAAAGCCCAGGAAGCUGAGCGGGUUGCCAUGGCAGCCAGAAUGACCGCUGGGGAGAGCCAGAGACAAGCGCUGGAGUCCAGGUUAGAGGCUGAGGAGGCCACUUUGAAGACCAUGAAGACAGAGUACCGAGACCACACCUCCCAUCUGCUGAGGGUGGAGACCAGAGUCAACAUCAGCCAAUCCCUGAUGGAGCACCAGGAGACCCAACUGAACAGAGUUUCAGACUUGGAGGCUACAGGGAGCGCCACCAGCAGGCAGCUGGAGGUACUGCAGGAACUGACCAAAGCCCAGGAAGCUGAGCAGGUUGCCAUGGCAGCCAGAGUGACCGCUGGGGAGAGCCAGAGACAAGCGCUGGAGUCCAGGUUAGAGGCUGAGGAGGCCGCUUUGAAGACACUGAAGACAGAGAGCUCAGGGUUGGAGGAAGGACUGAGAUCCACACAGAUCCUUGUUGAAGAGCUGCACACCCAGAACAACAACCACACCUCCCAGCUGCUGAGGGCGGAGAACAGAGUCAACACCAGCCAAUCCCUGAUGGAGCACCUGGAGACCCAACUGAACAGAGUUUCAGACUUGGAGGCUACAGGGAGCACCACCAGCAGGCAGCUGGAGGAACUGCAGGGACUGACCAAAGCCCAGGAAGCUGAGCGGGUUGCCAUGGCAGCCAGAGUGACCGCUGGGGAGAGCCGGAGAGAAGCGCUGGAGUCCAGGUUAGAGGCUGAGGAGGCCGCUUUGAAGACCCUGAAGACAGAGAGCUCAGACCACACCUCCCAGCUGCUGAGGGUGGAGACCAGAGUCAACAUCAGCCAAUCCCUGAUGGAGCACCUGGAGACCCAACUGAACAGAGUUUCAGACUUGGAGGCUACAGGGAGCGCCGCCAGCAGGCAGCUGGAGGAACUGCAGGAACUGACCAAAGCCCAGGAAGCUGAGCGGGUUGCCAUGGCAGCCAGAGUGACCGCUGGGGAGAGCCAGAGACAAGCGCUGGAGUCCAGGUUAGAGGCUGAGGAGGCCGCUUUGAAGACCCUGAAGACAGAGAGCUCAGGGUUGGAGGAAGGACUGAGAUCCACACAGAUCCUUGUUGAAGAGCUGCACACCCAGAACAACAACCACACCUCCCAGCUGCUGAGGGUGGAGACCAGAGUCAACAUCAGCCAAUCCCUGAUGGAGCAACUGGAGACCCAACUGAACAGAGUUUCAGACUUGGAGGCUACAGGGAGCGCCACCAGCAGGCAGCUGGAGGAACUGCAGGAACUGACCAAAGCCCAGGAAGCUGAGCGGGUUGCCAUGGCAGCCAGAGUGACCGCUGGGGAGAGCCAGAGACAAGCGCUGGAGUCCAGGUUAGAGGCUGAGGAGGCCGCUUUGAAGACACUGAAGACAGAGAGCUCAGGGUUGGAGGAAGGACUGAGAUCCACACAGAUCCUUGUUGAAGAGCUGCACACCCAGAACAACAACCACACCUCCCAGCUGCUGAGGGCGGAGACCAGAGUCAACAUCAGCCAAUCCCUGAUGGAGCACCUGGAGACCCAACUGAACAGAGUUUCAGACUUGGAGGCUACAGGGAGCGCCACCAGCAGGCAGCUGGAGGAACUGCAGGAACUGACCAAAGCCCAGGAAGCUGAGCGGGUUGCCAUGGCAGCCAGAGUGACCGCUGGGGAGAGCCAGAGACAAGCGCUGGAGUCCAGGUUAGAGGCUGAGGAGGCCGCUUUGAAGACCCUGAAGACAGAGAGCUCAGGGUUGGAGGAAGGACUGAGAUCCACACAGAUCCUUGUUGAAGAGCUGCACACCCAGAACAACAACCACACCUCCCAGCUGCUGAGGGUGGAGACCAGAGUCAACAUCAGCCAAUCCCUGAUGGAGCAGCUGGAGACCCAACUGAACAGAGUUUCAGACUUGGAGGCUACAGGGAGCGCCACCAGCAGGCAGCUGGAGGAACUUCAGGAACUGACCAAAGCCCAGGAAGCUGAGUGGGUUGCCAUGGCAGCCAGAAUGAACGCUGGGGAGAACCUGAGAGAAGCGCUGGAGUCUAGGUUAGAGGCUGAGGAGGCCGCUUUGAAGGCACUGAAGACAGAGAGCUCAGACCACACCUCCCAGCUGCUGAGGGUGGAGACCAGAGUCAACAUCAGCCAAUCCCUGAUGGAGCACCUGGAGACCCAACUGAACAGAGUUUCAGACUUGGAGGCUACAGGGAGCGCCACCAACAGGCAGCUGGAGGAACUGCAACAUGACUUGUCUGUUGCUACGACGAGUCUUUAUGCCCAGGAAGCUGAGCGUGUUGCCAUGGCAGCCAGAGUGACCGCUGGCGAGAGCCAGAGAAAAGCGCUGGAGGCCAGGUUAGAGGCUGAGGAGGCCACUUUGAAGACCCUGAAGACAGAGAGCUCAGGGUUGGAGGAAGGACUGAGAUCCACACAGAUCCUCGUUGAGGAGCUGCACAUCCAGAACAACAACCACACCUCCCAGCUGCUGAGGGUGGAGACCAGAGUCAACAUCAGCCAAUCCCUGAUGGAGCACCUGGAGACCCAACUGAACAGAGUUUCAGACUUGGAGGCUACGGGGAGCGCCACCAGCAGGCAGCUGGAGGAACUGCAGGAACUGACCAAAGCCCAGGAAGCUGAGCGGGUUGCCAUGGCAGCCAGAAUGACCGCUGGGGAGAGCCAGAGACAAGCGCUGGAGGCCAGGUUAGAGGCUGAGGAGGCCGCUUUGAAGACCAUGAAGACAGAGAGCUCAGGGUUGGAGAAAGGACUGAGAUCCACACAGAUCCUCGUUGAGGAGCUGCACACCCAGAACAACAACCACACCUCCCAGCUGCUGAGGGUGGAGACCAGAGUCAACAUCAGCCAAUCCCUGAUUGAGCACCUGGAGACCCAACUGAACAAAGUUUCAGACUUGGAGGCUACAGGGAGCGCCACCAGCAGGCAGCUGGAGGAACUGCAGGAACUGACCAAAGCCCAGGAAGUUGAGCGGGUUGCCAUGGCAGCCAGAGUGACAACUGGGGAGAGCCAGAGAGAAGCGCUGGAGUCCAGGUUAGAGGCUGAAGAGGCCGCAUUGAAGAUCCUGAAGACAGAGAGCUCAGGGUUGGAAGAAGGAUUGAGAUCCACACAGAUCCUCGUGGAGGUGCUACACACCCAGAACAACAACCACACCUCCCAGCUGCUGAGGGUGGAGACCAGAGUCAACAUCAGCCAAUCCCUGAUGGAGCACCUGGAGACCCAACUGAACAGAGUUUCAGACUUGGAGGCUACAGGGAGCGCCACCAGCAGGCAGCUGGAGGAACUGCAGGAACUGACCAAAGCCCAGGAAGCUGAGCGGGUUGCCAUGGCAGCCAGAAUGACCGCUGGGGAGAGCCAGAGACAAGCGCUGGAGUCCAGGUUAGAGGCUGAGGAGGCCGCUUUGAAGACCCUGAAGACAGAGAGCUCAGACCACACCUCCCAGCUGCUGAGGGUGGAUACCAGAGUCAACAUCAGCCAAUCCCUGAUGGAGCACCUGGAGACCCAACUGAACAGAGUUUCAGGCUUGGAGGCUACAGGGAGCGCCACCAGCAGGCAGCUGGAGGAACUGCAGGAACUGACCAAAGCCCAGGAAGCUGAGCGGGUUGCCAUGGCAGCCAGAGUGACCACUGGGGCGAGCCAGAGAGAAGCGCUGGAGUCCAGGUUAGAGGCUGAAGAGGCUGCAUUGAAGAUCCUGAAGACAGAGAGCUCAGGGUUGGAGGAAGGACUGAGAUCCACACAAAUCCUGGUUGAGGAGCUGCACACCCAGAACAACAACCACACCUCCCAGCUGCUGAGGGUGGAGACCAGAGUCAACAUCAGCCAAUCCCUGAUGGAGCACCUGGAGACCCAACUGAACAGAGUUUCAGACUUGGAGGCUACAGGGAGCGCCACCAGCAGGCAGCUGGAGGAACUGCAACAUGACUUGUCUGUUGCUACGACGACUCUUUCUGCCCAGGAAGCUGAGCGGGUUGCCAUGGCAGCCAGAGUGACCGCUGGCGAGAGCCAGAGAAAAGCGCUGGAGGCCAGGUUAGAGGCUGAGGAGGCCGCUUUGAAGACCCUGAAGACAGAGAGCUCAGGGUUGGAGGAAGGACUGAGAUCCACACAGAUCCUCGUUGAGGAGCUGCACAUCCAGAACAACAACCACACCUCCCAGCUGCUGAGGGUGGAGACCAGAGUCAACAUCAGCCAAUCCCUGAUGGAGCACCUGGAGACCCAACUGAACAGAGACUUGGAGGCUACAGGGAGCGCCACCAGCAGGCAGCUGGAGGAACUGCAACAUGACUUGUCUGUUGCUACGACAAGUCUUUCUGCCCAGGAAGCUGAGGGAGUUACCAUGGCAGCCAGAGUGACCGCUGGCGAGAGCCAGAGAGAAGCUCUGGUGUCCAGGUUAGAGGCUAAGGAGGCCGCUUUGAAGAUCCUGAAGACAGAGAGCUCAGGGUUGGAGGAAGGACUGAGAUCAACACAGAUCCUCGUUGAAAAGCUGCACACCCAGAACAACAACCACACCUCCCAGCUGCUGAGGUUGGAGACCAGAGUCAACAUCAGCCAAUCCCUGAUGGAGCACCUGGAGACCCAACUGAACAGAGUUUCAGACUUGGAGGCCACAGGGAGCGCCACCAACAGGCAGCUGGAGGAACUGCAGGAACUGACCAAAGUCCAGGAAGGUGAGCGGGUUGCCAUGGCAGCCAGAGUGACCGCUGGGGAGAACCUGAGAGAAGCACUGGAGUCCAGGUUGGAGGCUGAGGAGGACUCUUUGAAGACCCUGAAGACAGAGAGCUCAGGGUUGGAGGAAGAACUGAGAUCCACACAGAUCCUUGUUGAGGAGCUGCACACCCAGAACAACGCUGAACUGUCUACCCUGGAGGCCAGGAUGAACGCCAGCGAGAAUACAACAGCAAGUGUGGCUGACAGGGCCGGGGUUCUGAGCCGGCUCUUGGCGGAGCUCCACGCCAACGCCUCAGUCAUGGAGAUCCGGACGGACAGAACCGAGCGGCGUUUGGACCAGUGGAUGAGUCAGAACCGAGAACGGCCCCGAGUGGCCUUCUCCGCCGGACUCAGCGACUCCGGAGCCAUCGGACCCUUCGGCAUGGAGACCACCCUGGUGUUCACCAAGACCCUCGCCAACGUCGGCCAGGCCUACAACCAGACCACGGGCAUCUUCAGGGCUCCGCUGAGAGGCCUCUACUGCUUCCUGUUCACGGUGGCGGACUUCCUGAAGGGCUACCGGGGGGUGUACCUGUACCGGAACGAGGAGCGGGUUCUGUUCAGCCUGGAGCUCAACGGCCACGGCGGCUACGCUAGCAGCUCGGCCGCCACGCCCCUCCUCCUGGAGGCCGGGGAAACCGUCAGCCUCCGUCUCCCUGGGAGCUACCGUCUCUAUGACGACAACCGCAACUUCAGCCUCUUCUCAGGAUUCCUGCUCUUCCCUCUGUGAUCCAGAGAUCAAUAGACUGAAGGACUGAUCGAUCUAUAGAUGGACCCAUGGUCUAUAGAUCAAUAGACUGAUCGAUCUAUAGAUGGACCCAUGGUCUAUACAUCGAUAGACCGAUCGAUCUAUAGCUCGACCCAUGGUUUAUAGAUCAAUAGACUGAUCGAUCUAUAGAUGGACCCAUGGUCUAUAGAUCAAUAGACUGAUCGAUCUAUAGAUGGACCCAUGGUCUAUACAUCGAUAGACCGAUGGACCGAUCGAUCUAUAGCUCGACCCAUGGUUUAUAGAUCAAUAGACUGAAGGAAUGAUCAAUCUAUAGAUGGACCCAUGGUCUAUAGAUCCAUAGACUGAUGGACAGAUCGAUCUAUAGAUUGACCCAUGGUCUAUAGAUCAAUAGACUGAUCGAUCUAUAGAUAGAUUCAUGGUCUAUAGAUCGAUGCAUCAAUUGAUCAAUAGAGACCUUGCAAUCGAUCAAUCAAUAUGCAGAUCUAUGGAACCUGGACUCAAGAUGAAUGGUCAGAUGUAUUGAUUAGUGAUUGGUUUCUAAACAAGGUCAUCACGGUCUGAACAGGAAACAACUUUUUGCCUCAUCCAUCCAUUGUUAUAUAGCCCAUCAUUUUAGGCCUGAUAAAGUUCUGAUGAAGCCUGUUAUAGUCCUGAUAAAGUCCCGUUAUAGCCUGAUAAAGUCCUGUUAUGGUUAUAGUCAAUAGUUACGGUCAUGUUAUAGUCCAUAGUUACGUCAUGUUGUAAUCCAUAAUUAUGGACUACACAUGUUAUGCGUCUCCAUGGUGAUACUGAUGGAGCCUGAGAAGCUCUUAAAACGUGUCACCAAAUCUUUUAUUGUCUUUCAGGGGAGAGGAGAACAAACAGUAGGAAGAAUACGUUGACGCCAGCAGUGCAAAGACAAGCAGUAAUUUAACCCAUUUAUAUACAUUUGGUCUUUAAAAACACAUUAUUAAGAUCUGUUUUAUUAAAAUCAAAGCGGUGUGACCCUUAACCCUUUACAAAAGCCAUCUGUUAGUCAUCUCUAACAGAGAAAUGGAGCGUCGUCUGCACUACAAAUCCGUUAUAUUAUAAAACACCAAUAGGGGGCGCCACUGACCAUGCAUGACGGCUCCGUGUGGCCGUGGUUUGCUUAAACAACCUUAUUUAAAGUAUUAAUCUCGAAAAUGCAUGUUAAUAAAUGUCUGUUAAAAGACCGAAUGAGGUAACACCCAGCAGUGCUCUCUUGCCAGGCCAUUAUUGUAACUAAGAAUUAGUUCUUAAUUAAAGGUGCUAUAAAACAUGGA